GCCACCCUGUCGAAUCUUGGCCUGCACUGAUCGCGCCCCUCAGGCGUUACUAGAAGCACUCCAGUACUUCAUGAUCUCACUUCCAGGGUGCGAGGGACGAUAUCGUUUCGCCGAGAAGGGGGGGAUCAUAACCGCAGGCCAAGGUUGACCCACGCUCACACACCUCUUACCCGCGCGCACGAGCGGUGCACUCGCGCCCUGUUGGAGAUCUGGGGCGCCGUUCUGCGCCAGGGCAGGGGCCGGGCAUGUCGUCGCUGCGCCUGGCAGCCUCCCUGGCCGCCGCCUGCCUGGCGGCGGCCCGCGGGGCCACGCCCGGUGGGCUGGAGGCUGCAGGGACGGGCGUCGUCGGCCCGAACGCGGCCUCGCGCGCGGGCCUGCGCGGCAGCUCGCGGGCACCGGUCAUCUCGCUGAGGGGCGAAGAGGCGCACGGCGGCGAGGCCACUUUCAGCAAGGACGCCGAAGCCGCCUGGGCCGAGGCGCACAAGUCUGCGGCGGAGACUCUGUACAUGCCCCGGGCUCGAACCUACGUGGGGAGCAUCCUCGGCACCAACACCCUGACUCAGGACGAGAGCAAGCGGUUCUCGGCUUCGGAGCUCCAGGACCUGAAGGGCAAGGCGGAGCAUCAGGUCUUCAACGGGCAGGUUGCCAUGCCCUCGUCCCGCUGGCGCGACUGAGGCAGUCGGGCGCCGCAGGGCCUUCGGGGCGGUGGCUCCUCUCCGGCGGCGCGGUGGGCGGUUGGCGCGUGAGGGCAAGGCGGGGGUGGGCGGGGAGGCGCACCGACCCCCGCGCUCUGCCCGCGCGCGGGGCUGCUUCCGAGGUGCGGCCUCGGGCGGCGCGGCGGCUGAAGAAGACGAAGAAGAAGCG